AUGGAUGAAAACACUCUCUUGAAGACUGCCGAGGAUAUCCUGGCGAGCACAUCCGAACUAUCGGAACAAUUGAAAGAUAGCAACAUUGCUCCCCCAAAGAACCUUGAUAUAGGCGCCACCUCCAAUCUCUGGACCACACACGAUGAGAAACUCGAUGCCCUGAAAGCCAAAAUUACAGCGCUCACUCAGAAUCUCGGAACACUCCUCGAAGGCCCUCACGGCUUCCUGCACGAAUAUGUAUCCGUCAAUUGGGAACACGGAGCGCUGUACACGCUACUGGAUCACAAUGUCCUCGAACACAUCCCUCUAGACGGAUCGACCAUUCCCAUCGCGAACCUCGGACAGGAAACUGGCUUGCCAGCCGACAAGUUGCUCCGUAUUUGCCGGCUUGUCGCGACAACUGGAAUCCUACGUGAGCCUACCGAGGGCGAGUUUGGACAUACGGCGAUCUCGGAAACUCUAGUCAAGGAUAAAGGCUACAAAAGCUUUAUUGGAUUUCAACUCUUCGAAACGCGGGUUGCGAGUGCCCAUUUGGCUGAUUCGCUGCGGAAGCCAAAUCCUUUCUGGACAGGAGAGGCUGCGUUUGAACUUGCUUGGGGGAUGCCUAUGUAUGAUUGGCACAGGAAAAAUCCCGAGAAGGGUAAAAGGUUUGCAGCGGCUAUGGGGAGCGUGUCAAAAAGUCUUGAUGCUGGAAAUGACAUGAUCAUGGAUUGGAUCAAAGAGUCCAGCUAUGUUCAGAACGGGAAGACACCAUGCAUUAUUGAAAUCCAAGGCAAGACCGGAGCUUUCUCGUCUCAGCUAGCGACACUGUUUCCGAAGAUCCAGUUCGAUGUCCAAGACACUUCGGCUGAUUUGAUCAGUCGAGGACAACAGCUGUUGGAAAGUGAGCUGAAGUGGCAGGUAAUCUUAUCCCAAAGGGAUAUUUUUGCCCCCAGGAAGAUCGAAGAGAUCAGUAAUCGCCAUGAUGCCACCGUCUUUCUCUUGCGAGGAGUGUUGUGGAAUCACCCGGACGAGGAGGUUCUCACGAUAUUGCGAAGCAUUUUGCCGGCAAUGAGACAUCAUACCAAGCCUCGCAUCCUUAUCAGCGAUCUGGUCUCUCCUACGUGGUCGACAUUUGAGACUCAUGUGGAAAGAGCAUUCCGGAGAAGAGAUGUGACGUUGAUGACAAUGCAUAAUGUGCAGCAACGCACAUCCAUUGAAUGGGGUCAGCUCAUUCAAUCUGCUAGUCCCGAGUUCAAGAUCAAGUAUGAACAGAGAUUUACGUCUCAUAGCUGUCGGGGCUUGUGGGAAGUCCAGUUAGAGGAUUAA